AUGUUGCAAGUUCCACAAACAAUCAAAACAUUCUUUGAUGCAGUCCCAGUAAAGAACAUAUCUAACGACCACACUAAACUAGAUGAUAUAAAUAUCUACCAUUUCCAGGGAACUUCCAACUCACAAGCCAAAUUUACAUUAGCGGUGUUCAAUACUACCCAAGAAGGUGACUUAAUAAUCCCUACGGACCCAAUAUCGUUGGGCUACACGUUAAUCUUGUCACAUAAAUCAAAAUUCACGCUUCCAAAAGAGAAUGGAUCGAGUAAUUGCGGAAUAAUGGCCAUGUCCCAUUUAGGUUCUCCCAACAAUGUCUUGCCUGUCCUUAUUGAAGAUGAUAAUUUGAGAAACAUCAAAACGUUGGAUAGUAUUAAUCAUGAUCUUAUUGAGAAUAAUUUCGACAGCCAUGAAGCCAAGCUUGUUAAUCUGUUGGUUGAUAGUAAGUUUUAUGACGUUUGGGUACAAUGUAUAUUAAAUGAGGACUUGCCAUACAAAGUGUUAUCCGAGUUAUUUGGAUUGGAUGAGACAAUUGAAGGUAAUGUGGUGUUGAGGGAGACGCAAAAGUAUGAGUUUUUAACACAAGUGGCCAAUUGGAACUCAUUCAAGCUUCGUCAUCCUACAUUGUUUGAACAAUGGACUAGAACAAACUAUUUAAAGAAUUACUAUGAAUCACAAAUAGGCGAAUUUGCCAAGGAUUUACAGUUGAUAAUUGAAUACUUAAACAACAACUCCGAUGAGCAAAGCACGUUGAUAAAACAUAAAGUCGCAGGAUACAUGAUAAGCAUAGACAAGUUCCUUAAAUCUACAAAAUUAGGAGAUGUGGUAGUAUCUCAAGGUGAAUUCCUUCAUCAAUGUUAUGAUUUAUUAGUCUAG